CCAUUCAAUCAGUCUAAUAAGACUUAAGUUGUUCGGUAGUUGUGUGCGAAUCGGAAUUUCAAAUAUGUUCACGAAGAGUGUUAAAAUCGGAACAGUAGCAAAUGGAUUUGUUAAGAGUGUUAGAGGAUUUUCAACUUCACGAUAUGUAACAACUGCACAUUACAGCUCUGCUUUGCCGGAGCGAUUUUACAAUGAAGAGCAACUGCAGAUGCAGCAGUCUUUGAAGAAGUUAAUCGACACCGAAAUUAAUCCUUACGUCAAUGAAUGGGAAGCGAAAGAGCAAAUGCCAUCUCAUCAUAUUUGGAAACUGAUGGGAGAUGCCGGUUUCCUAGGAGUUCAUAAACCUGUCGAGUACGGUGGGAUGGGCCUAAGUUACAAGUACCACGCAGCUGUUCUAGAAGAACUAGGCUCAAUCAAAGCCUAUGGUGUUUCGUCAGCAAUUUCAGUACAUACAGACGUUAUUGUACCACCCGUGGCAAUGUAUGGAUCUGAACGUCUGAAAAAGGAGUUUCUUGUGCCAUCAAUCACGGGAGAGUAUGUGGGAUGUGUGGGAUCCAGUGAACCAGGAGCUGGUUCUGAUGUGGCCAAUAUCAAGACGAAAGCAGUUCGCCAAGGUGAUGAUUUAAUAAUUAAUGGUCAAAAAAUUUGGAUCACGAACGGAUUGAAGGCAGACUGGAUACUGUUACUUGCCAAUACAUCCGACGGUCCACCGCACAAGAAUAAGUCAUUGAUAUGCGUUCCACUUAAUGUCCCAGGUGUUACUCGAGUUAAAAUUGAGAAAAUCGGCCUCAAGUGUACCGAUUGGGCGCAAUUAUUUUUCGAAGAUGUUCGAGUUCCGGCUUCAAAUAUUUUAGGGAAAGAAGGGGAUGGCUUCAAACAAAUUAUGGUGCAGUUCCAAGAUGAAAGGCUGUCUUUCCCAUUGUACCUAAUAAGAGCUAUGGACGACCUGAUAAGCGAAACUGUACAAUUUACACAACAAAGGAAGACUUUCGGAAAAUCAGUUUUCGAUAACCAGGCGAUUCAGUUUCGCCUGAGUGAACUGGCCACAGACAUAGAAGCGUUACGAGCCUUAACUUACAUGGCUGUUGAUAUGCACUCUGAGGGCAAAGAUGUGACAAGACUUGCAUCGAUGGCAAAACUUAAAUGCGGCAGACUGGCUCGAGAGGUGGCAGACUCACUAUUGCAAUUGUGGGGUGGUAUGGGAUUUUCCAGUGAAACCCAAGUUUCAAGAGCUUAUCGCGACUUUCGUGCAUGUUCGAUUGCUGGCGGCACUGACGAGAUUAUCCUUCAAAUCUUGGGAAGAAUAUUGUUCAAGACGAAGUGAAGGAAUUGACAUGGGGUGUUUAUCAUUUGUUGUUUUUAUAAAACAAUUUCAGAAAUAAAUUGAAGUCAGUGGAACUGUAUGUAUUACUGAUUCGAUCCUUAAAUAAAAAAACA